GUGAACGUCUGCCUGCGAACAGGCAACGGCACAAUACUUACUUGUAGCUGCUGCCGCUGCUGCGACUCUCUGACUACGCCGUCUCUCUCUCUCGAAUUUGCCCCCCGCCCAGCAAGUCCGCAAUGAACGCCCUCUUCAACUCGGCCCUCCGCCAAUCCACGUCGAUACGAAAGGACCUGGACCAAUUUGCUGAUUCAGCGGCCCCUUCGCCCCACCUCCAGGCCCAGCUCAAUGCCUCUCUCACAACCUUUGCGCGCACCAUCGAUGACUAUGGCAAGCUCGCCAGACAGGAGCCGGUGCAGACCAAGGCGGAGAAGGCGCAGGAGAGGCUAAAGACCUUCAGGGCCGAGCUGGACGAGUACCGCGCAAGCUUCAAGCGCAUCAAGAGCGCCAACGAGGACAUUCAAACCAUCCAAGCGCGCACCGAACUCCUAGGCCGCCGCCCUCACAACACAGCAACGCCCGAAAACCCAUACGCACAGUCAAACCUCGCCGCCCAGCAUUCAGCAUUUGCCCCCUCGCAGCCCUAUGACCCCAACGCCCCUUACCGCCCAAACCCAUACUCGGCCGGCGCACCCCAAGGCGGCGAGUAUGACCGCGAGGGCCGCGUCCUGCGCGAGAACACCUUCUUCAACAAGACUUCGGACCAGCUGGACGAGUUCCUGGACAGAGGAAGGGCUGUCUUGGGCGACCUACACCAGCAAAGGGACAUGCUCAAGGGUACUCAGAGGAGGCUAUACACGGUUGCUAACACGCUGGGCAUCAGUGGAGACACCAUACGCAUGGUUGAAAGGCGCGCAAAACAGGACAAGUGGAUAUUCUGGGGCGGCGUUGUAUUCUUCUUUCUCUUCUGCUGGUUGGUGAUACACUUUUUGCGGUGAAGAGCGCGGGAAAUGGCUGUUUCUCUUUUUGUUGCAAGAGACGCAUCAGGCCCAGCAAGGUGUUGGGCGCCUCGAAUCAAACAAAGGCACUCACGGCUAUGAUUUGCGCGGCAAGAGUUUGUUGCCGCGAGACGUCAGGUUACUUCCGCUGUGUUGGGGUUUGCUAAUUGACUUCUGCUGGGCGCAGCAUUGGCAACUCGAGAUUACUUGCUAGACUGCUGUAUGACUGCCCUAACGUGGACAGUUCGCUACUAAUUGGCGUAAAGAGGGGACUAGCUGAACAUGACCUAGAUACCCAAAUGGACUAAGUAUUGUAAAUUAUACCAGGAAAAC